AUUUAUUACUAGUUUUCUUCUGACCGACUAAAGCUGAUGUCGCGAAUCCACCGUUAGAUCUUAAAAUGGCCAAAUCCAAAUUGAACGGUCAAGAUCACUUAACGAAAAGGAAAACAGUUUCUUGUCCAGAAAUGUCUUACCUUUAGGCCUUUUCUCUUUCCUUUUCACUUUUUUUUUUUUAUAAAUUUUCUCGUGGAAGCCAAAUCUUUCUGAGAAAUAAAAAACGAAACUUCGCUGGCGACUAAAGAUUGCUGAGAAGACACGUCGUCUCUGUGAGAACUUUUCUUUUUCUUCUGGUAAAUUCUGGAGAGAGAGAUAUUGUAUUUUUCUUCGUUCGGAGGUAGAUUGAAUAGAGAAGAAUUAUGGCGGAAGUGAUUAGCAAAACGAGUUUGUUCACCGGAGCUUGUGGGAAUCAUCAUCACCGUGUUGAUGAUUUCUCUUUGUCCCCGGUGAGUUUUGGUGGGUUUGGUCUGAAAAAGAGUUUCUCUUGUCUGAAGCUGAAGAAUCAAAAGCCUCUUAGAAGUGAAUUCCAUGGAAAACAGAUCGUUUUCGGUGAUGCUCAAGACGAGAGCUUCAGAAGGAGCUUCCGAUCAUCAGCCAUCACAGCUCAGACAACUUUGAGGAUUGGGACAGCUCAGAAGUGGUGGGAGAAAGGUCUGAAAGAAAACAUGAGAGAGAUCUCUUCAGCUCAAGAACUCGUUGAUUCUCUCACUAACGCUGGUGAUAAGCUUGUGGUUCUUGAUUUCUUCUCACCUGGAUGUGGCGGGUGCAAGGCUCUUCAUCCUAAGAUAUGUCAGUUGGCAGAGAUGAACCCUGAUGUGCAGUUUCUUCAGGUGAAUUACGAGGAGCAUAAGUCGAUGUGUUAUAGCCUCGGUGUCCAUGUUCUCCCUUUUUUCCGAUUCUACCGUGGCUCUCAGGGUCGUGUUUGCAGCUUUAGCUGUACCAAUGCCACGAUCAAGAAAUUCAGAGAUGCAUUGGCAAAGCAUGGUCCAGAUAGGUGCAGCCUUGGACCGACUAAAGGCCUUGAAGAGAAAGAGCUUGUGGCACUUGCAGCCAACAAAGAACUCAACUUUACUUACACACCAAAGCCUGUACCAGUUGAGAAAGAAGCAGCCACUCCUAAUUUAAACCCAAGUCUCCCUGUUCCUCUUCCUUCGAUGAGCGCCAAUGACGAAAAAACAUUGGUCUCCGCAGGGAGAUGAGAUCGAAUAAACAUUUCCCUGUACAGUUUGCGUGAUAGUAGUAGUAGUAGCAGCAGCUGGAUAUAUUGCAGUACCUAAAGAUGUCAGUUCUCGGAGCAGCCAGCCUGUUUAGUGGGGUUUAGUUUUUUUUUGGGUCCCCUGAGCAAAAUCGGUUCUUGGCAUCUGGGUUUACCUAGAGCAAAACCAGUUCCGAUGGUUACUUGAGUUUUGCUCAGUUCUUAUGGGAUUGAGAGUGGAAGGUCGUGCGCUCGGCGGCAUAAAACCUUUCUCCUCUCAAUCAGCUUCGGUAGAGUUUUGGUUUCUUUGUUUGUUUUUAUUUGCUUUAUGAAUUUAAUGUAAAUAAAAAUCCAAUGAGGAUUAUCAUACAAUGUCAUGAAGGCACUCUCUAUGAGUUGGUAUCUUAUAUAUGUAGUAUAUAUUAAGGUUUUUCAGAUUUGGUGCUUC